AUGGAAAAAGAAAUAUCUGAACUUCUUCAACAAAUACGACAAGUUGAAAAUGAACAUAAUCAAUUAGUUGACGAAUAUUUUCAAAUGAAGGAUAAUGUUAAACAAGCUCUAACUAACUUAAACAAUGAACCAUCAUCAAAUCAUUUAAAUGCUUAUAAUUAUUAUUUAAAUCUAUCUGAAUCGAUAAUGUCAAAUAUUCGAGUAAAACGAUUAUUAUUAACAAAUUUAAUGUGUGAUCUACAUAAACAUGGAAUUUUUUUAAAUGAUGAAGAUGAAGAUGAACAUGAAACUAGUAGUAGUAGUAUUGAUGAAGGUAUUGAUGAACAAUCAUUAAGUUUACUUGAUCUUAGUUCAAAAUUAUCAAGUUUAAAUAACAGUGAAAAUAAUAAUAAUAAUCAAAAUGAAGAUAUUUUUUGA